GACUCGGGAGCGCGACCAGCCGAGGGAUCGAUCGGAUUAAACUCGAUUUGAGUGAAAUUAACACAAAGGAGAGAAGAGCAACGCACACUAGUCGGCGAGGUCGCGGAUGCGAGACGCGCCGGAGAAUAAUUUCAUGAAAAACAUUAAAACUUGAACUUUUUCCCCUCUCUUUAUUUAUAUUUCAAACUGAAAAGGACAACGGUGGAUUUUUUUUUUCCUCAAACGGAGAUACUAACCCUACUAACGAGGAGUUGAUUUGAUAAAAAGCCCGGAGUGAGCGAGCUUGCGGGGAACCUUAAUGAGGACCAUGGUGUAGAAGGCUUCAAAUUAGCAGCUAUCUGAUUAGCUCCUCACUGCACAACACACCUCCCUCCAUCAAGUCCCCGGCAUCUGCGGGCCCCCCACCCAGCCAUGGCGGACCCAGGGAUGUUGAGUUUAUUUGGGGAUGAUGCAGGGUUGUUCUCAGAUGGAUUAGAUGGUUUAGGAGAUUGCUUUCCUCAACAGCCAGCCGCUGGUCAAUCCAACCCACUAGCCCAGCAACCUACCCCUUCCCUGAACCACGAGCACCAGGGAAACAGAGGCUACCACCAGGGGAUGAUGCAUGGCGCUGGUCCCGGCCCGGGGCAGCCUAAAUUGGGCCAGAUGUAUGACCAUGGUCCCUAUACAGGCUACGAUCAAUCUGGUGGCCCUGGAGGACGAAUGAUGGCCCAGAAUGGUCCCAGCCAGGGGCAGCCGAAUGUGAAUGCAACCAUGAAUGGCUUAGCUUCCCACUACCAUAAUACCCAGGCUAACUCUGGCAACCCCCACCAUGGGUACCAGGGUGAUGCUGGGGCAGGAGGAGGUGGGGGUGGCGUUUGGGGCCAGCAACAGCAAAACAGAUCAGCUUAUCCACAGGCUCCAGCACAAGCAGGGGGUGGUCCCAACCAGAUGGGGGGCUACCAGAUGUCUCAAGGCAACUACAGUGGGAUGCAAGGUCAACCUACAUCGAAUGCAGCUCGCAUGAACCAACGCUACCCUCCACAGAGCAUGGCACCUCCCCCUGCUCAGGAUCCAUCUCACUACUUGGGACAUGUUGGAAUGGGAGGAGCCCAGAUGAGACACCCCCAGCCUCAGCAACAACCCCAGGCCUAUCCCAACAUGGGCCACACACCCAGAUACCCACACUCCCCCUCCCGACAGCCUCCACUCCCCCACCAGCACCAACAAGGCAUGGCAGGAUUUGGAGGUGCACAGUACCCAGGCUAUCAGGCCCAGUAUGGAGCUAUGGGACCUGGGAUGGGCCAGGGUGCUAAUGCUAAUGUGAGCACUAACACCAGCCAGGCUAUGGGACCAGGGCAGCUUGGCCAGAGGUUCAACCAGGGAUCAGGACCAGCACCAGGGCAACAGGCACAGAGAUAUCCCCCUGGACCACCACACCAACCCCAACCCCAUCAGACCCAUUCUGCCCCAAUGCAGCCGCAGGCAGGGCAGCAGGGCCAGCCUAUGCACCCCCUAAACCAUCCCCAGCACCCCCAGAAUCUGCCACAGGCCCAAAACCAACCCCAGUCCCACCUUGCACCCCCAGCUCAGGGAUCUUACCCCUCCCCCUCUUCCAUGUCCCCCAUGCGGGUUUUGGGAACUCCAACCCCACCGCCCCCACAGGGCAGGCCGCCUAGUGCUGGACUGGCUGGGCCCCCCGAUGUCGCUGCCUACACAGCCAUGCAGUCUUCACCCAAUGCCAUGGCACAUCCACAGAGAACUCCCCAAACACCACACUCUGCCCCACAUGCCCAACACCAGCAGCCCCACAACAUGCCCCCCAAUGCAGGACAGAUGUAUCCCGGCAUGGGGCCACAGCGUGGUCCACAAAUGGGACCAAACAGGCCUCAGCUUCAGCAACAGCAAGGGCCUCAUGAAGCUCCUGUUCGAGAGGGGGGAGACCAGCGUCUGCUCCAGGCACAGCAGCCGGCCUCUCGAAGUGGACAGCCCAUGCAACCUACUCCCAUGGCUUUCCAGGGUCCACCUGUUGGUCAACAUGUAACCCCGGCCCCAAACCAGGGUUUAGCACCGCCUGUCCAGAGCGCACAGACACAGCACUCGCAUCUACCCCCACAUCAACACCACCUGCAGAGCACGCCUCCUCCCACCAACCAGGGCUCCCUCCCGUGGGCACCUCCGCCUUCCACCUCCCACCCGCUCUCCUCACCCCCUCUUACCCCACAAAAAGUGCCUCACAUACAGCAUUCCCCCACUGACCCGUCAGGUGAUGCCUCAAUGAUGGUUCCUGACAGGCCAACGGUUGAUGCCGGUGUCCCCGGCCAGCCUAUCAGCACAGAGAAGUCGGGCGACCAGGAGACCAAGCCAAAAAAGAAAAAGAAGAAGAAAGCUAAAGUAGUGGAAGGAGAUGAAGAUGAAGGUGGGAAGAAGGCGGGAGGUGAUGUAAGGGACGACGACGUGAUGUCCGAGUUUCCUGCAGCCGGAUGUGAAGCCGUGGGACAGGUUACCGCUGCAGGAUUGGUAGAGGGAAGUUCACCACCGGUGGAGGAGAAGAAAAAGCGGAAAAAGAAACCAAAGGAGAAGGUAGAGGGCAAGGAGCCCAAAGAGCCCAAGAUCCCUAAGACGCCCAAAACGCCCAAAACACCCAAGACCCCCAAAGAGCCCAAGGAGCCCAAGGAGAAGAAAGCCAAGAGCUCCACGCCCAAGACCAAGACUCCCAAGAAAACCAGUAAAAAGGUGGAGUCAGAGGGCGGUUCUAGCGCUGCUAAGAAAGAUUCUAAGAGAAAGAGAGAGGUAUCGGCGAGCGACGACGUGGAGGUGAAGUCUCCUCCCCCCUCUCCCCCUGAAGAAGAGGACGAUGAUGGUGUUCAGAAGCGUCGUUCCAGCCGCCAGGUGAAGAGGAAGAGGUACACAGAAGAUCUGGAGUUCAGGAUUUCUGAGGAUGAUGACAGCGGAGAUGACUCGCCAACACCAAAAUCCCCAUCAGCCUCAUCACAACAACAGGAUGUGGCUGAGGCUGAGGGGCCUGUUGUGGAGAAGAUCAUGGGCUUACGCACCUCCAAAAAACAGCUGGAGUCGGGGGAGGAGGUGGAGGUGGAAGAGUUCUACGUCAAGUUCAAGGGCUUCUCCUACCUCCACUGCCGCUGGGCAGACCUGGAGGAACUGGAAAAGGACAAGAGAAUACACCAGAAGAUCAAGAGGUUUAGGGCCAAGCAACAGCUCAACAACUUUAUAACUGAGAUGGAUGAUGAGCCUUUUAACCCGGACUACGUGGAGGUGGACCGUGUCCUGGACGUUUCAGAGAGCACAGAUGAAAACGGAGAGACGGUGACCUUAUAUUUGGUGAAAUGGUGCAGUCUGCCUUACGAGGACUCCACCUGGGAGCUGAAGGCCGACAUAGACCAGUCUAAAAUAGACGAAUAUGAGCGCAUAGCAGCACGCACACCCAACACUAACAGAGUGGAUCGACCUCCUGCAGCCGACUGGAAAAAGCAGGAGGGCUCCAGGGAAUACAGAAACGGCAACGCACUCAGGGAAUACCAGCUCGAAGGCCUCAACUGGCUAACCUUCAACUGGUACAACUCACGUAACUGUAUCUUGGCUGACGAGAUGGGUCUGGGGAAGACCAUCCAGUCCAUUACAUUCCUCUACGAGAUUUACAUGAAGGGCAUUGAGGGGCCGUUCCUGGUCAUCGCCCCGCUUUCCACCAUUCCCAACUGGGAGAGAGAGUUCAGGACCUGGACCGAGCUCAACGUGGUGGUCUACCAUGGCAGCCAGGCCAGCCGGAAGACCAUUCAGGCAUACGAGAUGUACUACAGAGACGCACAGGGUAAGGUAAUAAAGGGAGUGUAUCGGUUCCACGCGGUGAUCACAACCUUUGAAAUGAUUCUGGCCGACUGUCCGGAGCUCCGCGGCAUCCCGUGGCGCUGCGUGGUGAUAGAUGAGGCGCACCGCCUCAAAAAUCGAAACUGCAAGCUGCUGGAAGGACUCAAAAUGAUGGACAUGGAGCACAAAGUUCUGUUGACCGGAACUCCUCUCCAGAACACCGUGGAGGAGCUUUUCAGCUUACUCAACUUCCUGGAGCCUGAGAGAUUCCCAUCAGAGCAGACGUUCAUGACUGAAUUUGGAGAUCUUAAGACUGAAGAACAGGUUCAGAAACUGCAGGGCAUUCUGAAACCCAUGAUGCUGCGACGACUGAAGGAGGAUGUGGAAAAGAACCUGGCCCCCAAAGAAGAGACCAUCAUUGAGGUGGAGCUGACCAACAUCCAGAAGAAAUACUAUCGGGCCAUCCUGGAGAAGAAUUUCUCCUUCCUGUCCAAAGGAGGUGCAGGAGGAGGAGGGGGAGGCAGUGGCGGCGGAGGAGCAAGCGUCCCCAACCUCCUCAACACCAUGAUGGAGUUGCGGAAAUGUUGCAACCACCCCUACCUCAUUAAUGGCGCUGAAGAGAAGAUCAUUGAGGAGUUCAGGGACUCCCACGGCGGCAGAGCAGACGUGCCGGACAUGGCCCUCCAAGCUAUGAUCCAGGCCGCCGGCAAGCUGGUGCUCAUUGACAAACUGCUGCCUAAACUAAAAGCGGGUGGACACAGAGUCCUGGUUUUUAGUCAGAUGGUUCGCUGUCUGGACAUCCUUGAGGACUACCUCAUCCAGAAGCGAUACCCCUACGAACGUAUCGAUGGUCGGGUCCGUGGUAACCUGCGGCAGGCCGCCAUCGACCGGUUCUCCAGACCGGACUCGGAUCGGUUCGUCUUCCUGCUUUGCACGAGAGCCGGAGGACUCGGCAUCAACCUGACUGCUGCAGACACCUGCAUCAUCUUCGACUCCGACUGGAACCCUCAGAAUGACCUCCAGGCCCAGGCGAGGUGUCAUCGAAUCGGACAGUCGAAGGCCGUCAAGAUCUACCGCCUGAUCACCAGGAACAGCUACGAGAGGGAGAUGUUUGACAAGGCCAGCCUGAAGCUGGGACUUGACAAGGCUGUCCUCCAGAGCAUGAGCGGACGGGAGAACGCCAACAGUGGGGUCCAGCAGCUUUCCAAGAAGGAGAUCGAGGACCUGCUGCGUAAGGGAGCGUACGGAGCUUUGAUGGACGAAGAAGACGAAGGCUCAAAAUUCUGCGAGGAAGACAUCGACCAGAUCCUCCAGAGACGAACCCACACCAUUACCAUUGAGUCUGAGGGCAAGGGUUCCACUUUCGCUAAGGCCAGUUUUGUUGCAACUGGAAACCGGACAGACAUUUCCCUGGAGGACCCAGACUUUUGGCAGAAGUGGGCCAAGAAGGCAGAGUUGGACAUGGAUGCCAUCAAUGGAAGGAACACGCUGGUUAUCGACACGCCAAGGGUGAGGAAGCAGACGCGCCACUAUAGCAGCGUGAAAGAGGAAGAGAUGCUGGAGUUCUCGGAGCUGGAGAGCGACGAGGACGAGCCGAGCAAACCCUCAACCAAGCCACGGCGGCCCCAAGACAAGACCCAGGGCUAUCCCCGGUCUGAGUGCUUCAGAGUGGAGAAGAACCUGCUGGUCUAUGGGUGGGGUAGAUGGAGUGACAUCUUGGCUCACGGUCGCUUCAAGCGCCCCCUGAAGGAGGCCGACGUGGAGACGAUCUGCAGGGCGCUGCUGGCCUACUGCCUGCUGCAUUACCGCGGAGACGAAAACAUCAAAAGCUUCAUCUGGGAUCUGAUCACACCAAGCGAAGACGGAACCACCAAGACGCUAACCAACCACUCUGGCCUCUCUACCCCAGUUCCCAGAGGCAGGAAGGGCAAGAAGGGGAAGCCCCAAGCACUCCCGACCCAGCUUCCACGAGCCGACUGGCUGGCCAGCUGCAAUCCUGACCACUUGCUGCAGGAGGACAGCUACAAGAGACACCUGAAGCAUCACUGCAACAAAGUGCUGCUGAGAGUGAGAAUGCUGUAUUAUCUGCGUCAGGAAGUCAUAGGAGACCAGGCCGAGCGCAUCCUGGACGGAGGGGACUCGAGCGUGCUGGAUGUCUGGAUCCCCCAGCCGUUCCACGCAGAGGUCCCAGCUGACUGGUGGGACAGCGAGGCCGACAAGUCCCUGCUCAUCGGCGUCUUCAAACACGGCUACGAGAAGUACAACUCCAUGCGAGCCGACCCCGCCCUGUGUUUCUUGGAGCGAGUGGGCAUGCCAGACGCCAAAGCUAUCGCCGCUGAGCAGAGGGGCUCCGACAUGAUGGCAGAUGGUGUUGAGGGUGAGGAUGAAGAUCCAGAAUAUAAGCCACUGCGAAUGCCUUUCAAAGAUGACAUGGAUGAUUUUACCAACUCUCCCCUGGAUGACAAAGAUGACACCGUGGAGGGCGAAGCCGAAGCCAAAUCAGGUGAAAAUGGUCAAGCUGGGCCUGCUGUGGGCGGAUCUUCAGGCUCCACCGAGCGUCUCUAUUGGCCGGCUGCCUCGGCUCUGACAGCUCGCCUGCGUCGCCUCAUCACGGCCUAUCAACGCUCGAACCGAAGAGAGCAGCUUCGCCAGGAGGCAAUGAACCGACCCGAUGGCCGGCGGCGCCGACGCAGGGAGUUCUUGCCUUCCAUCGCCAUGGUUACUGAAACGGGAGGAGGAGCGACUUUCAUCCAAGAUGGAGCGGGGGUGUUCAUGACAGACGGAAGCCCGUAUUUGGCUAAAGGAAGUGCCUACUUUGCCAAAGGUGGACAGUUCAUGCCAGAGGCAUCUCCAGUAAUGACUGCCAGCUCCCUGAUGACUGAUGGAGCCAUGUACUACAAAGAGAGAAGACAAAGAUGGACGCGACGCGAAGAAGCCGAUUUCUAUCGUGUUGUUUCUACUUUUGGAGUUGUCUACGAUACGCAGCAUCAGAAAUUCGAUUGGUCACAAUUCAGGGCUUUCGCUCGACUGGACAAGAAAACAGACGAGAGCCUGGAGAAAUAUUACUACUCGUUCAUCGCCAUGUGCAAACGAGUUUGCAGAAUGCAGAUCAAGACUGACACGGAACUACCUGACCCGACCCUGAUCAUCGACCCGAUCACGGAGGAGCGUGCCUCUCGCACUCUGUACCGCAUUGAGCUGCUCCGCCGUAUCAGAGAGCAGGUACUCCCUCAUCCGCUGCUCUCCGAGCGCCUCAAGCUGUGCCAGCCCUCCCCGGACCUCCCCGAGUGGUGGGAGUGUGGUCGGCACGACCGGGACCUCCUUCUGGGGGCCUCCAAGCACGGCGUGAGCCGCACGGAUUAUCACAUCCUCAACGACCCGACUUUGGCCUUCCUGGAGUCCCAUCAGCGCUACACCGGCCAGCGCGGCGCCGGCACCACCGCAGGAGUCCCGGCGGAGGUGACCAAGGCUGGAAUGGAAGCGGCAGAGAACUCCUCCGCUCCGCUCCUCACCCCCGCGGAGCUGGCGAGUGCUGCAGCUGCUGCCAAGAUGGCCGUUCACGCCGCUAAGGAGGAGGCGGGAGAAGAUAAGGACGUGAAAAUUGAGGAAGGCAAAGAGGAGAUGGAGGUGAAAAAAGAAGCUGAGGGAGGAGAUGCCAGUGACGUUCCUGUUCCCAAAACUGAAACUCCAGAUGAGCAGAAGGAAAAUGAAGCGGAGGUAGCAGAAGUGAAAACGGAGGCUGCGGCUUCACCGAGGGAGGAGGUCAAGAAAGAAGAGGAGGCCCAGCCCCGGGUGCAGAAAGAGGAGCAAGAGGCACAGAAGGAGGAACAGAGCGCUGACGAAAACAAGCCUUCACAGACAGAAAGUGAUCAAGACAAAGAUGUGACUGAAGAGAAGAGUACAACCGACUCUGCCGGCGACGGCAAGGAGACGAGCGCGGAGCUCCCGGCGCCUCCAGACUCUUCUGCUAAAGCACAGCUGCAGAACAAGCCUGCAGAGGAGCAAGAUGUGGAGGAGAGGGAGAACCCGGAGUCCCCCAAAUCUCCGAAGUCCGCGGAAACCGUGAAGAGCCCGGAGGAGGAAGAGGAGGAGAGGCUGGAUGAAGACGACAAGUCAGAGAAAUCCUCGCAGGCUGAAGCGAGCGCCGCGUCGGAGCAGAAGAACUUCGACGAGGAGAGCAUUGCGUCUCUGAGCACGUCGGCCCGAGACGAAACCAGAGAUGGAUUCUGCCCCGAUGAUCUGCCCGAAACCUCGGCGCUGCAGGCCUUACAGGACCGCACCUUUGCCUUCUCAUUCUGGCCAAAAGACCGAGUGAUGAUCAACAGGAUGGAUAACAUCUGUGAGGCUGUCCUGAAGGGCAAGUGGCCUGUCAACAGGCGCCACAUAUUUGACUUCCCGAGCAACCUGUUGCCAGGGCACGGCUCCACGGCAACCGCGGCGGCCAUAGCCACGGCGACGGAGAGCCCGCUGCAGAGGCGGAGCCUGGCCGAGCUGACGAUGGCUGGUAUCCACACGCCGUACAGCGGGAGCGAAGACAAAACACUAUCACCACAGGUCCACGAGGACGCUCUGAGCCUGACAGUGCCUCGACAGAGGAGGAGGAGGAGGAGAAAGAUUGAGAUCGAGGCGGAGAGGGCAGCCAAGAGGCGUAACCUGAUGGAGAUGGUGGCUCAGCUCAGAGAGAGCCACGCUGCUGCCGAGUCCCAAAACCAGGCCAUAGACCUGACCAAGGGAAUGCAUCAUCACCACAAGGCCUCUCCGUCACUGGCUGGCUUCCCCAGCGCCCUGGUGACAAACCCCUCCCUCAAGGCCCAGAUGGAGCUGUUGCAGCAAGCUCCGCCCUCUGCACACAGAGCCAACGGUUCGCUGGAGGCCGACCUGCCCCUCAUGAAAAGGAGGCGUGGCCGCAGGAAAAAUGUGGAGGGCCUGGAGCUGCUCUUCAUGAGCAACAAGAGAGCAGUAGGGGAUGAUGCUGACGGGGCAAAGGUCUCAGGUGUGGAGGGGGUCCAGGAGGCUGCACGUACCCACAGAUCUCUCACCGUCCCCGAGCAAAGUCCCAGUGCCAGAUCUCUUGCCUCUGGCAGUCUGGAGGAAGAAGAGGCAGCGGUUUCCAACAAAGAGCUGGGAGAGUGGCUGAGGCAGCACCCGACAUACACCAUGGACAUGGCUGGAUUCACACCAAAGAGCGAGGACUUGAUGCUCUCUCAGUUCUCUAAGCCUAAACAGAAGCGCCACCGCUGUCGGAACCCCAACAAGAUCGACAUCAACACCCUGACCGGGGAUGAGAGAGUGCCGGUGGUCAACAGACGAAAUGGACGAAAGAUGGGCGGAGCCAUGGCUCCGCCGAUGAAGGAGCUUCCCAGGUGGUUACUGGAGAACCCGGAGUUUUCCAUCGCUCCAGAUUGGACAGACAUCGUCAAACAGUCGGGAUUCCUCCCAGAAGCCAUGUUUGACCGCCUCCUGACCGGCCCGGUGGUCAGAGAGGAGGGCACCCGCCGCCGAGGGCGCCGGCCCAAGUCUGAGAUCGCCAAGGCAGCUGCCGCCGCACAGGCAGCGGCGGCGGCUCAGGCCGCACAGGCGUCGCUGGCCUCUGCUGCUUCAUCUGCAGGAGGCAUCAACCCUCUGCUGCUGAACAGCCUGUUUGGUGGGAUGGAUCUGUCGUCUCUCCAGAGCCUCCAGUCUCUCCAGCUGGCCGCCGGUCUGAUGGCCUUCCCUCCUCCCACCGAUCCCAAGCAGGCCGCCGCCAGCGCCGCCGCCGCCUCCAUGCUGCCCCUCAUGCUGCCCGGCAUGGGCGGCCUGCCCAACAUGGCCGCCGCCCUCCCCAACAUGUUCAGCCUCGGCGGGCUCUUCGGCGGCAACCUGGCGACGGCGGCGGCCGUCAGCGCCGCGUCCAACUCCGCCGUCUCCGCCGCGGCCGGCAACACAAACGGGACGCUGGAGGGCGAGGCGGCGGAGGGCGACGAGGCGGAGACUUCGAAGAGGAAGAGGGAGGAGGAGGAGGAGAGCCAAGAGCGAGAAGCCGCGGAGCAGGAGGAGGGCGAAAGCGAGGAGGGCGUGAAGAAGUCAAAGAAGAAGAAGAUGGAGAAGGAAGGAGAGGGUGGCGCAGAGAAGAUGGAGAAAUCCCACGACGUGAGCGCUGCCGCUCAGAUCCCCGCUGCCGACUCGUCGGCCGAAGCCUCCAUCAACGGCGACGCCGCGGCCCUGCUGGCCGCCGCCGGCAUGUCCGCCAAUUCCCUGGCCUUCAACCCCUUCCUCCUCUCCACCAUGGCCCCCGGCCUCCUCUACCCCUCCAUGUUCCUGCCUCCGGGCCUCGGGGGGCUCAGCCUGCCCGGCUUCCCCACCGCCUCCACCCUGGCCGAGCUGCAGAGCGCCAUGGCCGGAGCGCUGGGAGGCGGCGUCCUGACCCCCAACCCUCCCCGGAGCGAGGAGGGCGACAAGAAGGGGGAGGCCAAGGCCACGGGAGGGGCAGCGGAGGAGGAGGAGGACGAGGAGGAGGAGGAGGAAGAUGGAGGAGGAGAGAGUGACUUGGCGGAGGAGAGGGAGGCGGCAGCGGAGGCGAGAGGCGAGGCUGAGGAUUCAGCCGUGGAGGAUGGUGGGAUGGUGGGAGAGGAGGAGGAGGCGGCGGCCGCGGCAGCGGCGGCGUCUCCUCAGAAGGACAAAAGCGACUGAAAUAAAACACAAAAGUGACUGGCCUUGGACAUUUCCUCACCUCUGACCUCCUCCCUCGACUCCCCCCCUGCCACGUUUACACACCUCCACCAGAAAUAUCCAAACUAAAAAAAAAAAAAAAUCCUCUUUUCUUUUUUUCUUUUGUUUUUGUUUUUUCCUUUUUGCGUUGUUGAUGAUUUCUCUUUCACCAUUUGUCGUUUUAUUAUUUGGCCAGGUAUAUUUACUAUGCGUCAGAGAGGACGAGGUGUGUGUUGUGUUAAGUUAAAUCUCUCUGAUCGAUAGUGUAGUCAGGGAAAAUCCUCACAGCCGCUCGCCCAGAGCUCGGCUCUUCUUUAAAGACUGUUCCUUUCUCUCUGGUUGGCCUCCGUGCGCUGUGGAACCGCAGCGCGCCACUCUUCUCUCACAAUCCCACAAAUAGGACUUCACAAGGUUCCAAUAGUUUUAUUAUUAUUAUUAAUAUUAUUAUUGCUGCUUUCAGCUAUCAAGUCUUUAUUGUUAUGUUUUUGCCGCCUCCUUCUUCAUAUGGACCGUUUUUGUUGUUGGCAGCGUCUCAUCAAAGCGAAGAAGAAAGCCCUUCUUUCUUCCAUCAGUUCUCGAUUGCAAAGAAAACAGCAUUACAGCUCAUCUGUCUGUCUGGCGAAGCUGCUGCAAAAGAAAAGGAAUUGUGGGUAAUGUCGUCGAUUGAGCUGUUCUGUGUCAGAGCAGGCUUUUUGUUUUUAAGUUCUCACAUAUCAGACCAGGUAGACUCGAGGAGGAAUCCGAAACCAGGCUGGCCUAAAAACUCAGUCUCACACACUGCUGACAACAUACACACUCAUAUUCCAACACGUACUUGAUCAUGAGCUUACACACACACACACACAUACAUGCAUUCAGGUGGCCACCACUACACACACACACACACACAAACACACACACAUUAACAACCUUGUCCGUCAUGUGACUGUUUCUGGCUCGUCCCAGCAGCUGUUUGAUCUCUUUCUUGUUUUGAGUGUGUGUGUGUGUGUGUCUGAACCAAUACUGUUGAACCCAGUCCCACACUGAAUACCCGUCUCUUAGUCUUUCCACUGCCUUGUCUGAAUCCUGCCUCCGCCCGUCGAGGCGGCCGGCGCAGGAUCGCACGGCGGCAGGCGGGCUGGGUCUGCCGCCGAUCAGGCCUCCUGAUUGGUCGGCGCCGCGCCGCCUGAACCGGCCUCCCUCGUCGACACGGAGGCGUCCGUGAAUGGAUUCAGAGCGGCAGUCCACACAGGAAUGUGAUGUUUCAGGUUUAUUCUCUGACAAGAGGCACAUGAGAUGGUUGUCUUUGUUUUCUUUAUUUCUCUCUCCACGGUUGCUGCCGCCGAAUGAAAUCCUCCUGACUUUCUUUUCCUCUUCACACGCGCUAGUUUCAGACCAAGUGCUGCUCUCUAGUGAUCUUCUCUUGAAAGACUGUUGCUCUAGUCACACACACUGACACCAGGCCUGGCCGAAACAGGACUGAGAAACAUUUUCAUCAGAGUUGGAUAUUUCACAAGUUUCUAUAUGAAGUGCAACUCUGGUCGCCGAGUAAGUUUUUAUGUUUUUCCUUUUCUUUUCUUUUUUUUUUAAAUACUUGAAAAGUGCGAGCGGUGCUUGAUUUGUUUCCAUUCCCCGAGGCCAGUUCAAGCGUCCGAGAUAAAUCAAGCGCCGCGAGUGAUUCAAAUAUUUGAAAGUACAUUAAACACAGAUACACACACACACACACGCACACACACUCACACUCACUGUGGCCAGGUCGUUUUAACAUUUGCUAUCACAGCCAGCCCAGCAGAUGCAGAGAGGGGCCGAUCGCGCUGGGAGACACCUUCCUCCCCCGUCAGAGAUCCACAGUCUCCUCUCUUAACGCUGAGACAGCAAUAACCAAGGCAGCUUUUGAAUGUUCCAACAUUACUCUCCCAACACACACACACACACACACGCAAACACCAACACACACACUAUAUAAAUAACCACAAGUGUCGUAUGAAUAGAAAGCAAACUAAAACUGUAAAUGAUGACAAAUAAGUACUGCAAUCAAUUUUGUCUCACUCUGUUCCUGUUGAUGCACUGGUGUUAAAGAGUUAAAAUAAUCAGGUACCUUUAUUACUUAGCUACUUUUCUUGAAAAAAAAAAAAUGGACAUUUUGUUACUUUUAGCCAGCAAGCUGAAGAGCAUUACCUCAAAAUUCUUAUCUAGCCUUGAAGUU